AUGGAAUGCUUUAGGUUCUCCUUGAUCUCCCUUCUCCUCUUCCUCGCACUUGUCACCGUGGAGGGGGCCGGCGAUGAUCGCAGCACGUUCAUCGUCUACGUGGAAUCCCAUGCGAAUGUUUUGGGCACGGCCGACGACCGGACGGCGUGGUACCAGUCGUUCCUCCCCGACAAUGGUCGGCUCCUCCACGCGUACCACCACGUCGCGAGCGGCUUCGCAGCUCGGCUCACGCAGCAGGAGCUCGAGGCGAUGUCUGCAAUGCCCGGGUUCCUCAGUGCAAUCCCCGACCAGACGUACACGGUGCUCACGACGCACACGCCACAGUUCCUCGGGAUGAACGUGGAGCAGGGGAGACGGAACUACACGUCACAGUUCGGCGCAGGCGUCAUCAUCGGCGUGAUCGACACCGGCAUCUUCCCCGAUCACCCAUCCUUCAACGACCACGGCAUGCCGCCGCCGCCGGCCAAGUGGAAGGGACGUUGCGACUUCAACGGCACCUCGUGCAACAACAAGCUCAUCGGCGCGCGCACUCUCGUCGCUUCUCUCAGCAGCCAAAACGGCACUCGGGUGCCACCGGUUGAUGACUUUGGGCACGGCACUCACACGGCGAGCACCGCUGCGGGAGCGGCCGUGCCGGGAGCUAACGUGCUUGGCCACGCAGUGGGCACCGCCGCCGGGAUGGCACCACUUGCGCACAUCGCCAUGUACAAGGUGUGCCGGGGAGGAUGCAACGGGUCCGACAUACUAGCCGGUAUUGACGCCGCCGUGGGCGACGGCUGCGAUAUCAUCUCCAUGUCUCUCGGCGGGCCGUCCAUCCCAUUCCACCAAGACCCUCUUGCCAUCGGGACGUUCGGCGCCAUGGAGAAGGGCGUUUUUGUGAGCGUGGCAGCUGGAAACUCCGGCCCGGUCGACAGCUCUAUACUAAACGACGCUCCGUGGAUGCUGACGGUCGCCGCGAGCACCAUGGACCGCUCCAUUCGUUCGACCGUGCAGCUAGGGGACGGGGCUUAUUUCCAUGGCGAGACACUCUACCAGCCAGGUGAUUCCCCCAGCGUCUCAUACCCGUUGGUCUACGCGGGUGCGAGCGGGAAGCCACUGGCCGUGUUUUGUGGACACGGCUCGAUGGAAGGCUUCGACGUCAAAGGCAAGAUCGUGCUCUGUGAAUUUAAUAGAAACAUCUCGGCGGUCGUCCAAGGUGGGGAGGUUAUAAGUGCCGGUGGCGUCGGCAUGAUUUUGAUGAACCAGUUUUUCAUGGGAUACAACAAGUUAGCACAGGCGCACAUCCUCCCAGCGUCAAGCGUCGACUACUACGCGGGCGACGCCAUUAGAUCCUACAUCAACUCCACGGCGAACCCGGUGGCGCGUAUCAGCUUCGAGGGUACCAUACUCGGCACCACUCCGGCUCCGUCCAUCGUCUUCUUCUCGUCCCGUGGGCCUAGCCUUCAGGCCCCCGGCGUCCUGAAACCCGACGUCACCGGCCCCGGAGUGAACGUGCUCGCCGCCUGGCCUUUCGAGGUCGGCAUGCCCAAGGGGCCGAUCCUACCACCUAAACCGUACUUCAACAUCAUCUCCGGCACCUCCAUGUCAACACCGCACCUCGCCGGCAUUGCGGCGGCGAUCAAGAGCAAGCACCCGGACUGGUCACCGGCGGCGAUCAAGUCGGCCAUGAUGACAACCGCUGAUAUCACCGACCGCUCCGGCCAUCCCAUACUCGACGAGCAGUAUGCGACGGCCAGCUUCUUCGCCACGGGCGCCGGGCACGUGAACCCGGCGAAGGCCGCUGACCCUGGCCUCGUCUACGACAUCUCCCCUGACGACUACGUCAGCUACCUCUGCAGCAUAUACACCAGCCAGGAGGUAUCGGUGAUCGCGCGCCGGCCGAUCAACUGCUCGACACUCACGGUGAUCGACGACAGCGUUCUAAAUUACCCGUCGAUAACGGUCAAGAUCCCGGAGACGUGGAACUCGACGACGCCGAUCGUCGUCCGGCGCAAGGUGAAGAACGUCGGGGAGGUGCCUUCGGUGUACUACGCGGCGAUCGACCAGCCAGACGGCGUUGUAACCGUCGACGUAUACCCGCGCGUGCUGGAGUUCACCGAGGCGAACCAGGAGAAGAGUUUCUCGGUUGUUGUGUCGCCGGGGGUUAGUGGUGCGAGGGUGGUGCAGGGGGCACUACGGUGGGUGUCUGAGAUGCACACUGUACGGAGUCCCAUCUCUUUUAUGUUGCUCUGA